AUGGACGCGGCGGCUACAGCGAACACUGCCAUAUUCUCUCCUGAUGAUGAGCAAGACCUCCUACGGUCUGGUCUGCUUACUCCACCGAUCGAGGGGUUACGAAAGGUCCAUAAGCGACGCCUCGACAGGUUUAGUGACAAGGUUAACUCCCACAUUCCCCUCACGCCAGUCUCUGUUCUGAGCAGUGCGGAAGAGACAGCUCGGUUCUCCACCAUUCCUGACAGUCUGAUAUCUCUUGCCACACUACAAUACCUCGGCUACGAUGAAGACACGGCGAAGAGGAUUUGGCAGAAAUGGAUCAACUGGUCUCCCGGCCCUGUUGUACGAGAGAUAGACGACGACUUGCCUGGCACAAUGUCCAUCUCCUUCAUUGAUUACGCGAAAGGCUACGUGGGAGGCGAUACCGACACAUAUGACGAAGAAGACCAACCUUGGUUCGAAUGUAUGACCAGCUGGGGCAUUCUUCCGAGUCUCCAAGAAGAGAUUAUGGACCCUGUUUUCAAGGACAUUCGCUUGUCAGAAACAUGUCGCUUCUGGGUUCGAGACACUAUGGAACUGCGGUAUCAAGGACUUGAAGAAAUCCAAAAGGCCUCUCGAGAGAGAGCCAUAGAGAUUCAACGGGCAUCUUCACGGCCUGGAAAUCCAUCACAGAUUGUUGCCGGCGCUUCACAGGGUGCCAUUGGGUCCGCAUAG